UCCAAAUUUAAGCCUUCAUUCUCCUUUGGUCUUUUCCUACCUCUACCUUUCUUUAGUCCACUUGGUGAAAUACUACUUAAUAAAGAGACGACUCAUACACACAUAAUACUGUAACAAAUUACACUUUCUUUUCUUGCACCAUUUAGCAACAAGAUAGUCAUCUCUUUGCUCUAGCACAGAAAAAAAAAAAGAUAUGGAUUAUGAAAUUCUUGCAGAUUUAGAAUGUAGUAGUGGAUGUGAGUCUGGUUGGACUCUAUACUUGGAAAAUUCUGUCCUUCCUCCUUUAACUUCUUGCAAAGCCAAUAAAUUUUCACAUGAAAAGUUUGUAGAGACAGAACAAGACGAAGAAGAAGAAGAUUUGUCUAUGGUUUCUGAUGCAUCUUCUGGACCUCCACAUUUUUGUGAAGAAGAAUAUUAUGGACAAAACAAUAAUGGAGGCUUCUUUUUUCAUGCUCCCAAUAUUAAUGUUACAUUGCCUAAAAGCAAUCCCAAAAAGCAGAAAGCAAAGGAAAAACAACAACCUUCUGCACUGGAUGAUACAGCUAGCUCUCCUAUCUUCAAUUUCUCCAAUAACAACUUUAAUGACACAACUUCAGUGGAUAAUGUAUUGGACUUUUCACAAGGUCACUCUACAACUCACUUUGAGAGGAGAUCUACAUACCAGGAGCAAUAUGGUUUCUUCCAGUCAUCUCUGCUACCUGGAAACCAAUUGCAAGAAAACCAGUGGUUUGAAGGGAAAAGCAGCUAUCAGUUUUAGCAUGUUAAUGCUGUCUGCAGCCAAGUGUUCAGAAAGAGGGAGUAAAAUUUGUAUAAGCAAAAGGAAUUGGAUCUCAAAGGAGAUCUUUUCUUCUUCUUUUUUCAUUCUUUUUUUAUCUUUAUUUUCUUUUUGCUGUCAAUGCAGUGGAAACAACUUGAAGGAAGAAGUUGGAAUUCCUUUUCCUCUUUCUCAGAAAUAAGUUUGUUGCCAAUCAAUUGUGAAAUAUUAGCUUUUGUACUCUUGUUGGGAAUAGUGACUACAUAUUUAGCUUUUAAA